AUGGUUUCGUUUUCCUGCAAGGUGCAGGACCUGCUGGUGGGCGUGGUUGUACUUAUGGUAGUGAAGGGUAUUUUGGGACAAGAUCGAGUAUUGAUUCAACGGAAUCCGGGCUUAUACAUUCCGAGCAUAUUGUAUCGUUCGUGCAAUGAGGAACCAACGAAGCAAUCUGGCAAGUAUCCAAUACAACCUAACGGAAACGAUGUACCAUACGUGGGAUAUUGUGACCAGACUACAUUCGGAGGAGGAUGGCUUGUGUUCCAGUAUCGUUUUGAUGGAUCGGUGGACUUUUACCGCAACUGGACUGAGUAUCGCGAUGGGUUUGGAAGCAUGGAUGGAGAGUUCUGGCUCGGCUUGGAGAAGUUGCACCGGAUUACCACGGCGCGAAAGCACGAGCUGCUGGUGGAGCUGAAAGAUUUCGAUGGAAAGUACAUUUAUGCACGGUAUGAUGAGUUCGAGAUCGGCAGUGAAGAGGAGCAAUAUCCGUUAAAGAAGCUAGGAUCGUACACAGGUACGGCAGGAGAUUCAUUAAGUCAUCACCUUGGCAUGAAAUUCUCAACCAAGGAUCGGGAAAAUGAUGUUCACUCCCAGAACAACUGUGCUACCGUGUGCCAAGGAGCAUGGUGGUAUAGAGCGUGUGAACAUUCAAACCUGAAUGGGAUGUAUGAGAAUAUGAACGAUAUAAAAGCUAUUGGUUGGUACUUUUACAAACAAUCCUGGCAGGGUUUUGCAUACUCAAGAAUUUCGAUUCGCGAAGUUUAA